ACACUCUCAUUUUUCAUCCAAGGAUCGUUGUUUUCACCGAGAUAAAUGCAGACAAAACUGGAAGAAUUGCCCAUCUUUUAUGACUCACUCUCUGAUAAGCUACGAGACUGGGCUCUUCGUUAGAGCAUGUUCUUCGUAGCCUCUGCGCCGUUAUGUGGUCGGCACAUUAAUUUAUACCCCAAAAGCCUUCCCGAAGCCUCCUUUGCGGCUCUGUGCCCCAACCAGGCGGCGUUCGUUGACUCCAUAGGAUCCGGAUGUGAGAGCAUCUGCUACCUUGGAGAGAAUGUUCGUGAAAAAUUGAUAUUCUGCUCUUUCGAGAAAAACUCACGUAUCCUGCGGCGCUUCUGCACGGGCUUCGUUGUUGAAGGGCAUGAGCCGGACUUUGAUCAUUGGCAAAAGAAAAUGGGUAAUAAGUCUCUGGUUGGGGCGAGGGCUACGAUUAUGCUGGAUAUCUUCAAAUCCAAAUAUCUUGCGGAUUUGAAGUCUCUCAAUUAGGUCUAAACUCGAUUCUGAACUUGACGAUCUUAAACCGUAUUUCCAAACUCGCUUGAGGUUGGGCGAAUUUGCUAAGUACACGACUGAUCGAGAAGAUAUGCCCCAGUACUAAAGUAAAUGGAACACCGAGAGUCUUGACGGACUUCCAGGUCUUCAUUCGGCAUUGAGGCACGCCGGCCGGUAUAUAUGGUGGGCGCGGUUCAAGAACUGGGUUAGCUACAUACCGCCGAAAUCAGCUGAAAUGCUUCCAAACCGCAAUAAUGAUAGUAUUUUUAAUUGAAGUGAUGUUUGGGAUUUGGCAGAGAGUAGACGCAACCGAAUAAAUUUUGUGAAAUACCUUA